AUGGCGGAGAACCAACCGACCGAGCCCGACUACACGCUCAACAACCCGGACACCUUGACUAAGUACAAGACCGCCGCGCAGAUUUCUCACAAAGUCCUCGAGGCUGUUGCCGCUCUGUGUUUGGAGGGAGAGAAGAUCGUCGAGAUCUGCCAGAAGGGUGACAAGCUCCUCGACGAGGAAAUCGCCAAGGUCUACAAGGGCAAGAAGAUCACCAAGGGCAUCUCUCACCCGACGACCAUCUCCCCCAGCUCCUAUGUGACUCCCUACACCCCCUUGGUGUCGGAUGCCGCCGAGGCCGAGACUACCUUGAAGGCCGGCGAGAUCAUCAAAAUCCAGCUUGGUGCCCAGAUUGAUGGCUUCGGAACCAUCGUCUGUGACAUGCUUGUAAUUUCCAAGAAGGAUGCUCCCAAGGAACCUGUCACGGGCCGCGAGGCCGACCUGAUUGUUGCGACUCACUACGCCAACGAGCUUCUGUUGAGACUCAUGACCCCCCCGGGCUUGUUGGCCCAAGGCAGCGACGAAGAGAAGCAGAAGGCUGCCAAGCAAAAGGCCCCGACUCAGGCCCACAUCUCUGCUCUGCUGGAGAAGGUUGCCAAGGCCUACGACUGCAAUGUUGUCGAGAACACCACCAGCUGGCUGUUUGACCGCAACGAGAUCGAGGGCGAGAAGAAGAUCAUCCUGGCCCCCGGCAACGGUGUGCGAGGCGAUGGUGUCCCCGAGGUCGGCGAGGUCUGGGGUGUGGAGGUUGGUCUCAGUCUGGGAUCUGGCAAGGUCAAGACCCUCGACCACCGCGCAACUCUGCACCGCCGUACCACUACCACCUACAUUCUAAAGCGCCCCAGCUCCCGACAGACUUUGUCCGAGAUCGUCAAGAAGUUCGGCACCUUUCCCUUCAGCUUGCGCCAGCUCGACGACGAGAAGGCCGCCAAGGUCGGAGUGGUUGAGUGUGUGCGCGGCGGUGUUCUGCGACAGUACGAGCCUGCCGGCGAUGCUGAUAACGCCCCGGUCUCCCGUCUGCUGACGACGAUUGCCAUCACCAAGAACGGUAUCACCAAGCUGGCUGCUGCGAAUGCCCCUGAUCUCUCUCAGUUCAAGACCGACAAGAAGAUCGAGGAUGAGGAGAUCCUGAAGAUCCUGGAACAGCCCUUGGCCCGCUCGACCGGCAACAAGAAGAACAAGAACAAGAAGAAGAAGGCCACUGGCGGCGAAGAGUAA